UGCGCAUUCGUCUCAUUACAGCACUUAGAAUUUGCGUUCGCUCGACCGGCCUGCGACCUCAUGUAAUCUCGCACAAGGGAAAUUAUACGUAGGCAAAAUGAGUGUUGAAAAUCCAGCCAGUGAUAAUGAUUGUGAAGCAGGAAAAGUAAACGGCAAUAAAAAUGAACACGUGAACGGGGUUCACAACGGAUACAGCAGUUCUGACAGGCACAAAAGUAGUCACAAGUCGUCCAGCAAAGACAAGCACCGCGACAAAGACCGCGAUCAUAAAAGCUCGUCCAAACACAGCAGCAGUUCAAGCAGGGAUAAAGACAAACAUUCAAGUAGUAAAAAUCAUAGCAGCUCUCACAAAUCAUCUAGUAAAGAUAAAGAUCGCGGUGACCAAAGAGAACGUAGUGAAAAAAGCAAAGAUCGUUCAGAUAAAGAUCGUAGCAGCAAAGAUAAACACAGGAGUGACAAAGAGAAACAUAGAGAAAAGAGUGACCAUGACAAACACAAGCAUAGUAGUAGUGAUGGAGAAAAAAAGUCAUCAUCUAAGGACAAGGAGAGAGAUAGGGAACAUAAAAGUUCUUCCUCUUCAAAAGAUAAGGACAAAUCUAAAGAACGAGACAAGGACCACCAUCGAAAUGAUAAGCAUCGUAGUGAUAAACACUCCAGUUCUAGAGACAAGCAUAGGUCCAAGGAUAAAGAAAGGAGUUCCGAUCAUCAGGACAAAAUAAAAUCAGAAUUAGACUACAAAGAAUCUGUUAAAGAUGAACCAAUGCAGAUUGAUGACCAUGAAAUAAAAAGAGAGAUAAAAGAAGAAAGUGAAGAUGGGUAUAAUGCAGGCAAUACAACUGUUUCAUCAUGUGACUAUUCAAUGUCACAGUUUAAAGAUGAACCUCUUUCUGAGCUGCCGCCUGAAGGAGAAAGUGAAGAGGAUACUCCACUGUUGGAACGGAUGGGUGCAAAAAAACGUUUGGCCAGUGAAAGUGAAGAAGAUACUCCAUUGCUGCAACGGAAAAAAUCUAAGAAAAAAGUGAAAAAGGAACCAACUUAUGAUGAUGAUGAAGACGAAGACGAUAUCCCUAAGAAAAAGAAAAAGAAACCAGAAAAGUCAAAAUCAACUAAGGUAAAAACAGAACCAAAUGAUGGUCCUAGUCCUACAAAGCGCAAAAAAAAUCAAGAAGAAGAACAGGAGGUUUGGAAAUGGUGGGAAGAAGAAAAGAAGGAUGAUGGAACAAAGUGGAAUUUCCUGGAACAUAAAGGACCCGUAUUUGCACCUGACUAUGAACCGUUGCCUGAAAAUGUUAAGUUCCGUUAUGAUGGCAAAAUCGUCAAAUUAUCCCAAGAUGCAGAAGAGGUCGCUGGAUUUUAUGCAAGAAUGUUGGAUCACGACUAUACAACAAAGUCAACCUUCAAUAAUAACUUUUUUGCCGAUUGGCGUAAAAUGAUGACACAUGAAGAAGCUAAGUUAAUCAAGGAUCUCAAUAAAUGUGAUUUUAAAGAAAUGCAUGCAUAUUUCCUGAGUGUGUCUGAGAAGAAUCGAAACCGUACUAAAGAAGAGAAAGCUGCAAUAAAGGCAAAAAAUGAAGAAAUACAAAAAGAAUAUGGCUUUUGUACAAUUGAUGGACAUAAAGAAAAAAUUGGCAACUUUAGAAUUGAACCUCCUGGCUUAUUCAGAGGUCGUGGGGAACACCCAAAGAUGGGCAUGUUAAAAAGACGAGUUAUGCCUGAAGAUGUCUUGAUUAAUUGCUCAAAAGACAGUAAGAUUCCUAAACCACCACCAGGACAUAAAUGGAAAGAAGUAAGACAUGACAACACGGUUACUUGGUUAGCAUCUUGGACAGAAAAUGUUCAAGGCCAAACAAAGUAUGUCAUGUUAAAUCCAAGUUCAAAGUUAAAAGGCGAAAAAGAUUGGCAGAAAUAUGAAACGGCUAGAAAGCUACAUAAAUGUAUAGACAAAAUAAGAGAAACAUAUAAAAAUGACUGGAAAGCAAAGGAAAUGCGCGUGAGGCAGCGGGCAGUAGCCCUGUACUUCAUUGAUAGACUUGCCUUGAGAGCUGGUAAUGAAAAAGAUGAUGAUCAAGCUGAUACAGUAGGUUGUUGUUCUUUGCGAGUGGAACACAUUCAGUUACACAAAGAAAAAGAUGGCAAAGAGUAUGUUGUUGUAUUUGAUUUUCUCGGUAAAGAUUCUAUUAGAUAUUAUAAUGAAGUACCGGUUGAGAAGAGAGUGUUUAAGAAUCUCGAACUCUUUAUGGAAAACAAAAAGGAUAGUGAUGAUUUGUUUGACCGACUAAAUACCCAAACAUUAAAUGAGCAUUUGAAAGAUCUGAUGCCAGGAUUGACCGCAAAAGUUUUCCGUACUUAUAAUGCUUCUAUAACAUUGCAAAGGCAGUUAGAUGAGCUCACUGAUCCAAAUGCCUCAAUACCUGAGAAGAUCUUAGCAUACAAUCGGGCGAAUCGAGCAGUUGCUGUUCUAUGUAACCAUCAACGUGCUGUGCCAAAAGGUCAUUCAAAGUCAAUGGAGGCUCUAAAAGAAAAAAUACAGGCAAAACGAGAUCAGAUAGAUGAAGCAGAAGAGGAUUUAAGAGAAGCUACAAAGGCAGCGAAACGUGGCUCUGUUAAAGAAAAAAUUGCUGCUGAUAAAAAGAAAACUGCCCUUGAACGUCUGAAGGAACAACUUAAAAAGCUUGAGCUGCAAGAAACUGAUCGUGAUGAAAAUAAAACUAUUGCUUUGGGCACCUCGAAGUUGAACUAUCUGGAUCCACGUAUUUCGGUGGCUUGGUGCAAGAAACAUGGUGUUCCCAUUGAAAAAAUUUACAAUAAGACACAGCGUGAUAAGUUCCGUUGGGCGAUUGACAUGGCCACUUCGGAAUAUGUGUUUUAAGUUAGUAUUUAGCAUUAGCUAUACUCAUUUAUAUUUUGUUAAAUCUGAAAACGUUCCACUUUAUAUUGUAUUUUUAUGUUUUUACAUAAUUCUUAUUUAUUUUAUGAACUAUGACCCGAUGUAAUGUUGCAAGUAUGUUGUGUGCUAUUAGUUAAUAUAGGCCAAUUUUCGGAUACAAAUUGAUCAGCAUUAUUGUAAUUUAUUAUGUUCCUUCCAUGAUAAGGAUACAAAUUGGAAGUCUGAUUCUAAUAAAAAUUAUUGUAUUAGUUUUCACACUUGCUUGUAGUUUAGUUAAGUUAGUAUUACUCUGUAGGAUAAGCCUAGCAAAAGUGCAAUCUUUUGUUAUCAAUCUUCCACCAGUUCAGUGUCUUUGCACUUUAUUCAUUAAUGUAC